UCAGUGUCAAAAAAAAAAAAAGGCCACAGUACCCUCCAUCCAAGUCCAGCCACCACGCACCAGUACCAACAUCGCGACCAUCGCCAUGUCGAGCUCCGCUGCAACCACCACCGACGGCGCCGCGAAUCCGGCCCUGGAGCCGGACACGGACGCGCCCGCCGGCGAGGGCCUGGAGGUGGCGCAGUUCGCGGCGGGGUGCUUCUGGAGCGUGGAGCUGACGUACCAGCGGCUCCCCGGCGUGGUGCGCACGGAGGUCGGCUACUCGCAGGGCCACCACACCGAGCCCACGUACGAGCUCGUCUGCGCCCACGGCACCGGCCACGCCGAGGUGGUGCGCCUGCACUACGACCCCAAGGCGUGCCCCUACACCGCGCUCCUCGACGUGUUCUGGGCGAAGAUCAACCCCACCACGCUCAACAGACAGGGCGAGGGCGUCGGGACGCAGUACCGGACGGGGAUCUACUACUACACGGCGGAGCAGGAGAAGCUGGCGCGGGAGUCGCUGCCGGAGCAGCAGAAGAAGUGGGAGGACGAGAUCGUCACCGAGAUACUGCCGGCGAAACGGUUCUACCCGGCCGAGGAGUACCACCAGCGCCACCUCGAGAAGGGCGGCCAGUCCGCCAAGAAGGGAUGCAGCGACCCCAUGCGCUUGUACGGUUGACGCCGCCGCCCGACCGACCCGGCUAUACUAGUCGGGUGAGAACGUACCGAGAAGUUGAUUAUUCGUGGUCCUUGCAUGCAUGUCACUCCGCUGUGUUUCUAUGUACUACUAUGAUGGAAAUAAAUCGCAAGUGUUGUGGAGGUUAUAAUGGAUAUAUGCAAUAAUAUUCGUACACUUGGUAGGGGCGAUGCUAGUACCAGA